AUGGAUCACGAAGAUCUCAGAAAUCAGGUCUUGGAGAGGAUUUCUCUCCCAGUCGGACCACCGAGUUUGCAUCCGACUACUUCUGCUUGGCAGGAACCGCCCCACCCAACCAUAGCAACUGUGCGCUCAGCGGAAUUGCCAACCGAGACUGAUAUUGUCAUCAUCGGCUCAGGCAUCACAGGGUGUAGUACUGCCUAUCAUCUGCUGCACGAUGCCAGUGCCAGUGCGGCAGGCCUUCGGAUCACGGUAUUGGAGGCGCGCAACGCCGUGAGCGGGGCUACCGGCAGGAACGGCGGCCACUUGAUGUCGGAUUCCGACGAGCUCUUUGCAGAGCACGUGGAGACUGUCGGCAAGGAACAGGCGAUUGAGAUAUUGCAUUUCACCGAGGCCAACAUUACCCGCCUAGCACAGCUGGUCGAGGAGCUUGACCCAGCCGAUCAUGCCGCAGUCGAGUUGAGAACCGUGACUCACGCUACGGGCCUAGAUGCAGAUCAAUAUGAGGCGGCCAAGUCGGUCGCCGCAUCGAUCAAACAAAACGUCCUCCAGAGAAAUCUGGGGUUCGACGUAACCUCCAAAGAAGAGGCAGUCAAGAAGUACCAUUUCAAAAAUGUCGCAGGAGCCAGUCAGCAAGCUGGGGCUGCCGCACUAUGGCCGUACCGCCUUUUUACUGCAGUCUUUAGCUCGCUGUUACGAAACUUUGAAGGCCGGUUCACUCUCGAGACAAAUACGCCAGUGACUGGAAUUCAUCACACUGGGGAUCAAUCUCUCCCAUACAGUCUGGAGACUCCAAGAGGCACCAUUCGGGCUAAGAAGGUCAUUCAUUGUACCAACGGAUAUUCGGCCCACCUCCUGCCUCGUCUGACGGGAAAGUUGUGGCCUUUCAAGGGAACAAUGUCGAGGCAGGCUCCCGGACCAUUAUUUCCGCGUGUUGGUCACCAUGUUGCCUGGUCAUUGGUUACCCGAGGCCACUACGAUGCAAAGUCCCAGGAAUUCACGACCGGUCUUUACUAUGCCCAGCAAAAUGCCCAGACGGGCGAUAUAUGGGUUGGAGGCGAGUCGCAAAAGGUCAAGGAUUUGUUGACCCAUAAUGACUCGUUUGUGAGUGAUGCCGCCAAGCAGAAUAUCUUGUCGAUUCUACCCCGGAUCUGGGAGGAUACGGAACCCGUUGGAGAUUCUCAGGUCUGGUCGGGGAUCAUGGGGUUCACGUCCGAUCACCUACCCGUGGUUGGCAGGCUGACUCCCAACAUGUCGGGCCGCACAGGAGACGGCGAGUGGAUUGCCGCUGGCUUUAGCGGGCACGGUAUGGACAAGUGUUGGCUGACGGGAGAGGCGGUUGCGAGCAUGGCUAUUCAUGGAAAGAUUCCUGAUGGGUUUCCAAGCUGUUAUUUGGUGGACGACGAACGAUUUGAUCGAAUGUCGGCUGAGCAAGGAGCUCAGGGAUUUGUCAGCCAGUUUUGA